AUGACUUCAACAGCAUUCUCACAGAACACCUUUGUGAACCCAAACGCUGAAGAAAAAAAGGCAACUAAUGGGGACAAGGUUUCACGAUCAAGAAAACAUUCCGUCUACGACGCUGUUGCAGGUCGGAUUUCUGCAGCAGGUUUCAUUCCUAGAAGUGUGGUUGUCUCCUCAACUCGGGAUACUACAUCAUCCUCUUUGAGCGCUGUGCCUCCCGAAGCUGUAUUGUUUCGGAGCAAAAAUGCACCAACCAGAUAUGCCGAAUCGGACAUCUAUUUUGCAAAUGAGCGAGAGUCGCCGAAGGAUUUGCCCGACUCCGAUCUCUUGAAAUCGCUUCACACCUACACUUCGGAUUUCUAUUCUCGUGCAACUGUAGAAGGGGGGUCUACAGAUUGGCGCAGCAUGGACGAAACGGCUUUGAUAGGACUGGGUAUUUUGAUGGAAGAAGCAUCUCGAGAAAUCCUGGGGGCAACGGGCGACCUAACGUUCACGGAAGGAGAAGAAUCCAAUAUCAAUAUCCCUGAGCGCGGUCAACGUUCUCGAACAGGCAGCGUUAUCAGCCCACCACCCCAAGAAGCCAGGAAAUCCGCAAAAAGAAGACGCAUCAUCCUUGACAAUGGAACAGAUUGA